UGACAAGAUUGCACUAAACAAAAGCAAAUUUACAUACUUAAUUAAAAGUCGUAUACCAUUACCGAAGUGUUUGUAGAUAUUUUCUUGAUUACGUUUUUAAAAGUGUUAAACACAUGAAUUUAACUACUAGAUUAAACAUUAGAUAGACAUGAGAGUCAUGUACUAAAUCUGCACUUAAUGAUCAUGUGAGUGAUUUAUAACAAUAGUGUACCAAUGACGAGAUAGAAGUGGUAAUAAUAUUAAACCAAAGGAGAUUAAAAUGUUCAUUAACUUUUAUUUAAAAUAGUUUUUUUUUUUACAUUCUUUCAAAAAGUAAGAAGUACCAGAUGACGUUUUAGCCAAUAAGUAAAAUUUAAGGCGUGAAAUAGAUAUUUCACAGUUAAAAUAGUGUUUUAUCAUGGAAUAAUUUGUUAAACAAAGUUAUCGAUAAAUUAAAAACCUGAACUUCCUGAGUGCGAUUAAUGGAAUGAUGGAGUUCAACACCCCACAGGUAAAGUCUACUGAUGAAAACAAUGAAAGUGAUACUAAACGUUUUAUAUAUACAGUAAAUGAAGGUGCUGAAAACUCGAAUGACGAUACUAAAUAUUCGACGUCUGAUACUAGAUCAGAAUGUCAGAAAGAUGAAUCUGGAGAAUAUGGUAAGACUCGUGACAAUGAUACAGCUGUGACUAAUGAAGCAGGAAGGAAAGAAGAUGAGGAGAACUUGGUAAAUUCAAUAGAAUGCAGUGACUAUCGUGACGUUAGUGACGUUAGUGCAGGAAAGACAAAUGACGCUAACAGAUCAGAGGGUUGGAAUGAAAAUGAAGUAGAAAGUGAUGACAACUACCAUAAUGCAACAAUUGUAGAGACAACGAUUCUGGACGGAACCGAUGAAACUAUUGAUGACAAAGACCAUGAGGAAACUACUAAAGAGACCAAGGUUCUUGACGGAGGCUGGGGAUGGAUGAUUGUUCUUGGUGUAUUGCUACUUCGUACAGUUAUAGGAGGAAUUCAGCGGUCAUCCGGCCUUUUUUACGUGAAGUUUUUGGAACAGUUUGGAGGAACGGCGUCUCAGACAGCCUGGGUGACGUCAUUAUCUAUGACGUGUCGACUGCUUAUUGGCCCCCUCGCUAGCGUUUUAUGCAACCGAUUUUCAGUUCGUAAGCUUUCAUAUUUCGGUGGAGUGAUGUAUGUGAUCGGCAUCCAUAUAUCGGCUUAUGCAACCAGUCUGGUUUACAUGUAUUUCAGUUAUGGAGUUAUUUCAGGUAUAGGACGGGCCUUCCUGUUGACGCCUUGUGUAAUGCUAUUGGGCGAAUACUUUGACAAGAGGAGGAGCUUAGCAUUUGGUCUUGCCUCUGCUGGCUUCGGACUGGGCGGCUUUGCAAUCACUCCCACAGUUGAGCUCAUGUUCCAGCAGUACGGAUUUAGGGGAACUUACAUUCUUUUGAGUGGUGUGGCCUGUCAUAUAUUCAUUUGCAUAGGGUUAUUCAGGCCGGGCAAAUCUGUAGAUAUGACUAGGAAGAUCAAAUCACCAAAAGACGAAGAGCUAAAUGCACGUGACAAUGGACACUCUGCAUCACACGUGUCGUCAUCAGGAAGUGUUCAUUUAGCUAGAUCUCCAGACAAAAUUGGUGUUGCGUCUAAUAUCGAUUCUGCAGAAGCACCAAUGCUACAAAAGCAACCAACACGUUCUCAUAAGGCCAAUGCGCAUGCUUAUGAUAAAGAUGAGGACGAAUUGCAAGUUAAACAGAAAGUAAAUAACCCUAAGAAAAAGAAGAUUAUAUCUUUUUCAGUUUUAAAGGACGUCAGAUUUGUGACUUUAUGCAUUGCUCAGUUCAUUUUCACGCUUCCAACUGCCGGGCUUUUCUUGCCAGCUCUUGCCAAAAGUCGAGGGUUGACGGAUAUACAAGCCGCGUCUUUGUUGUCGAUUAUAGCAGGCUGUGAUACGGUCUUCAGAAUAUUGUCGGGUUUUGUGUUGGACCUGAAAGCUUUAAGGAAAAUGCGACCCUAUAUAUUUAACGCUGUAACGUAUGCACAAUGUAUUCCUCUAUUUGUGAUGCCGUCCUUAAAGAAUUUCGAGGAAUAUGCAGUUGUCUGUACUGUUCACGGAGCUUUGAUGGGUAUAAAGCAAGCCCAGCGAUCUGUGAUACUAGUGGACAUCCUUGGAGUCAACAAGCUUGCUAGCUCCUUUUCAUUCAUGUUGAUGGCCCAAGGCCUGGGUACAUUGAUAGGACCGCCACUUAAUGGUUACUUAAAGGAUAAAUACGGGAAAUAUGACUACACAUUUUAUUUUGGAGGAACUGCUAUUUUGGUCGGAGGAACAAUUUUGCUGGCAGGAAAUAUACGUAACACCGUGACCAAACGGCAGAAGAAAGGACAAAUACAAACCAAAGACUCUUGAUAAUGGCUUUUUUAGUUAGGUGUUUACAAGAAAUGAUGAAUGUGGUAUGCGGAAAUGAAAUAAAGAACUGAUGCUCAGCGAAUCGCUCUUUAAACAAGGGUGUAUGAAAUGUUCACACAGCUAAACAGAAUGGUAUUUUUACUGUAAAUAUGUCAGCAAUCCUUCUAGUUCCUGUCUUCUCUUCUAUUCCCGUUGAAAACAUUUGUAUAGUUCUCGACAAAUCGAGCUCUUGAAGCUCAGAGCAAUUGUUCAAAAGCCUCCUAAUAAUAAUUGAAUUGAACAGAACUGUGAUAAAUUUACCAAAAGAU